CUAGAUUCCUCUCAUAAGAGAUCACUCUGGUGCUGGAGAACCUGGGCAAAUGCCAAACGGCGCAAAAGCCACAUUAGGGGAGGAGAAUACAGAGCAAUCCGCAAUUGUUGCAAUCGUUCUACGGGCAGCAGCGAGAGACAGAACAAGUCCCAACACAAACAGCGCUCCGGUUACAGUGCGGACCCAAGAGCAUCUCUCUCUCUUCAUACUAGCGGCUGCUGAGAGGCAAACGCUUCGUUACUUGUAGUACUGUGUUUAUUUAAACGGGGGACCUCAACCUGAGACUUUCAGAGCCGACGAGGAGCAGCACUCGCGGGCCGCACCAACACCUAUUGCCAGUGAGCGAGAAAGUCCCACCAGCAACUCUACUCAUUCCUCUCUUGGAGAGCAAUACCCUAAGCCCCUCCCAACUCGCUAUCUGAUUGGCUAAGCCCAUCCUGCUAUAUCGUUACUAUUGGUCGUCCCGCCUGCUCGUACAGGGCGGGGGUCUGCAAAGUUUCUUUGAGGUGGUGGUGAAGUGUGGCAGAGGGUAAAGCCGGCAAAGCGGUUGGUGUCCGGGAGCCUCUGUGCAACCAAACUGCAGGCCGAUUCGCCCGGUCGCUGCAGACGCCGUGUGGUAUUCCCUGGAAACCGCUGGGCGCAAUUGAUCCUUCUGGAAGGCGAUGGAGAGAAGAAGUAGCUCUUAGGAUGCGCCUACCUUUUGCAGACAGCAGGGGGUCCUCCUGGGGAUAAGGUGAGGCGCUACAGCCUGUGGAUAGAAACGGGGGAGCAGCUGUAUCGCACUGUCACCCUGAUACUCCCUUUAAACUUUCCCGCUGGCGUUGAGGAGAGAGUGUCGGUGUGUGCGUGUUAUGGGGAGCCAUGAGAGCGCCACUGUGGGCGCAGCGCAAUAGUUUGUCGGGGAGGCGCAAGGCGAGUCCGCUGCGCUUGAGGACCGGGAGGCUGGAGAUGCCGGGACGCUGCUUGUGACCAUGACAAACGGUGUCAGCUGCGCACUUGGCCGGACACUCAGGUGAUGGCAAUUUAGUAGCAGAUCGCUUGUGGCUUGGUGAUUUUAAUCGUGACUUUAAAUCAGACGCGAUGGCAUCGGAAGUGGUGUGUGGCCUCAUCUUUAGAUUUCUUCUGCCCCUCUGCCUGGUUGUAGCAUGCAUGUUCCGGUACAAUGGAAUAUCUUUUGUCUACCUCAUCUACCUCUUGCUUAUACCUUUAUUUUCGGAGCCUACCAAAAUAACAAUGCAAGGUCAUACAGGACGGUUAAUAAAAUCCUUAUGUUUCUCAAGUCUGUCAUUUCUGCUGCUGCACAUCAUCUUUCAUAUUACCGUACACAGCCUCGAAGCCAGAAAACACAUUGAACCACAUUUUAACUGUUCCACCUGGGAGAAAGCAAUACGACAAAUUGGUUUUGAGAGUGUAAAAGGUGCAGACGCUGGUAAUGGAAUCCGGGUGUUUGCACCAGAUAUCGGAAUGUUUAUUGCAAGUCUGGCUACCUUGUUGGUUUGCAGAAAACUAGUUCAGAAAACAGUUACUGAAGAGGAUGCACAAUACAAUCCACAGUUUGUAAAUGAAGAAAUGACAGAAGUAGGAAAGGUGGACCUUGAUGAUGCAAUAAUGUAUGAGGAAGACUUUGAUGGAGAAGAUGAUGGAUUUGAGGCAGCUGAAGAAAGCACAAAAUUAAAAAUUCUUCGCAGAAUUGCUUCAUUUGCAUCAGUACUUAAAGAACUUAUUGGCAACAUUAUAACCACCGCUGGGAAAGUAGUUAUUACAAUUUUACUUGGUUUAACAGGCAUGAUGUUGCCGUCUUUGACCUCAGCUGUGUAUUUCUUUGUAUUUUUGGGGCUAUGCACAUGGUGGUCCUGUUGCCGAGUAUUUGAUCCGCUGAUAUUCAGCUGUCUAUGUGUAUUAAUGGCUAUAUUUAGUGCAGGGCACUUAAUUGGACUUUAUCUGUAUCAGUUGCAGUUUUUCCAAGAGAUUAUUCCACCAAAUGAUUUCUAUGCCAGGUUGUUUGGUGUUACUUCAUUAGUUCGAACCGACUGCGGUAACACUUGGAAAUUUUUUGCAAACAACAGUCUACCAUGGAAUCAGUAUACCAAUCCUGUUAUGCUGUUGGUAUUGUAUUACACACUGGCAACUCUCAUACGCCUUUGGCUACAGGAACCAAUUAAUGUAGCAAAUGAUGGAGAGGAAGAGAAGGAGGAAGACUGUAGCCCAGGACCUCUUACAGCAGAAAGAAGACGUAGUUUGUGGUAUUCUAGCCACUACACAACAGAUGAAAGACAACUUCUGUCCAUGACUCAAGAUGACUACAAGCCAUCUGAUGUUUUGCUAGUAACUGUAAAUGGGACUCCCGUAGAUUACUGUUCAUUAAAUUCAUCACUUCCCGUGGAAAAUGGUCCAACUAAGAUUGACAUGUAUUCUACACCCCAAUAUAAAUGGGACCAUGCAGAUGAAACUUCAGAAAAGAAAGAAGAGGAAGAGCAAGAAGAAGAACCCAAUGAAGAGGUUACAGAAGAAGAAGAAGAAAACACUAAAGUUCAUGUAGUGGUGGUGGCAUUCCAGUUUGUUAUGAAGCAAAGUUAUAUAUGUGCACUUAUUUCAAUGAUGGCUUGGAGCAUCACAUACCACAGCUGGUUGACUUUUGUCUUACUAAUCUGGUCUUGUGCUCUAUGGAUGGUCCGAAAUAGAAGAAAAUAUGCUAUGAUUAGUUCACCCUUUAUGGUUAUUUAUGGUAAUCUGCUUUUAACAUUACAAUACAUCUGGAGCAUAGCAUUACAAAAUGACGAACUUCCAGAAGUUAUGGGUCUCCUUGAGAGGAAAAAGCCAGAAGAGCUUGUAUCAAAGAUCAUUUUCACAGUUACCUUUUGGCUUCUGUUCAGACAACACCUUACAGAGCAAAAAGCUUUUAAACUGAAAGAAUCAGCAUUAUCUGAAAUAAAAGUUGGGAGUCAAGACAAAGAAGGCGAAGUUCAUGAAGAAGAAGAAGAAGAAGUAGAUGAUGAAAAUGAUAUCAUGAAGGUUCUGGGAAAAUUAGUGCAGGCUAUGUUUGUCAAGUACUGGAUUUACGUCUGUGGCGGCAUGUUUUUCUUUGUCAGCUUUGAAGGAAAAAUAGUUAUGUACAAAAUUAUCUACAUGAUGCUCUUCCUGUUCUGUGUAGCUCUGUAUCAGGUACACUAUGAAUGGUGGAGACGAAUUUUAAAAUAUUUUUGGAUGUCUGUGGUUGUCUACACCAUGUUGGUGCUUGUUUUUAUUUACACUUACCAGUUUAAAUCAUUUCCUGGCCUUUGGAUGAAUAUGACAGGGCUGGAUAAGGAAAAGUUAGCAGAUCUUGGUUUAGAGACAUUUAACUUGACUGACUUAUUUACGCGAAUAUUUAUCCCAACCUCAUUUUUGUUAGUGUGCAUUUUGCACCUACAUUACUUUCAUGACCGUUUUCUCCAGCUUACUGACCUGAAGGCUGUAACCAGCAAACAGGACAACACGAUUUACAGCCAUGCCAAAGUAAAUGGUCGUGUUUACUUAAUAAUAAAUAGAUUGGUACAUCCAGAAGGAAGUUUGCCUGAUAUAACUAUGAUGAACUUAACAACAGAAUCUGAAAUGCUUGAUGAAAAGCGGCUGGAAAUUUAUGACGAAAAAAAAACUCAUGACCAAGACUCAGAUGAUGAAUGGGAUAAGGGGGAUAGCAAAGAACCAGAUCAUUCUGAUGAAGAAGCUGAAGAUGAGGAAUCAGAAGAAGAGGAAACAACAACAGAUUCCAGGAACAAGUGGCAUCUAGUAAUAGAUCGUUUGACGGUUCUUUUCCUAAAGUUCCUGGAAUAUUUUCACAGGUUUCAGGUCUUUGUUUGGUGGCUCCUGGAGCUUCACAUAAUAAAGAUUGUUUCCUCAUACAUUAUUUGGGUUAUGGUUAAAGAGGUUUCACUGCUCAAUUAUGUAUUUUUCAUUGCCUGGACCUUUGCUUUGCCCUACUCACAAUUCCGACCAUUGGCAUCAAGUGUUUGCACAGUCUGGACGUGUGUGAUCAUCGUAUGUAAAAUGUUGUACCAGCUUGCAUCCAUUGACCCUGCAACCUUUUCCAGCAACUGUACAAAACCACUGCUAAACGAAACAACUGCACAGAACACCACUGAGCUUGAUUCUUCAGUGCUUUACAGUUCACCUGUUGACCCAUCUAAUUGGGUUGGACUGAAGAAGUCAACUCCACUCCUUGCUUAUUUGCGGAACAAUUUGCUGAUGUUGGCCAUAUUAGCUUUUGAAGUAACCAUUUACCGGCAUCAGGAGUACUACAGGCUGCGAAACAAUCUCACCACACCUGCAACCAAAACCAUCUUUCAUGACAUCACAAGGCAACACUUGGAUGAUGGACUAAUAAAUUGUGCCAAGUAUUUUGUGAACUACUUUUUCUACAAGUUUGGAUUGGAAACAUGUUUCUUACUGUCAGUAAAUGUAAUUGGCCAGAGGAUGGACUUUUUUGCAAUGAUUCAUGCACUUUCUCUCUUUGUCGUAUUAUACCGACGCAGAAGGAAAGCGAUUGCAGAAACAUGGCACAUAUAUUGCUGUUUUCUUGCCUGCACUAUGACAUUCCAGUACCUCAUAUGUAUUGGCUUUCCCCCUGCUCCAUGUAAAGACUAUCCUUGGAGACAACCUGGAGCCAAUUUUAAUUCUAACAUAAUAAAGUGGUUAUACUUUCCAGACUAUAUUGUGAGGCCUAAUCCUAUGUUCCUUGUCUAUGAUUUUAUGCUUUUGAUUUGUGCAUCCCUUCAAAGAGAAGUGUUUGAGGAAGAAAAUAAGGCAGCAGUGAGAAUCAUGGCUGGUGACAAUGUAGAAAUUUGCAUGAACCUUGAUGCUGCAUCCUUCAGCCAACAUAAUCCUGUACCUGAUUUUAUAUACUGCAGAUCAUAUUUGGACAUGGGCAAAGUUAUAAUGUUUAGUUACCUUUUCUGGUUUGUGCUCACCAUCAUCUUUAUCACUGGAACUACGCGGAUCAGCAUAUUCUGCAUGGGCUACUUGGUGGCUUGUUUCUAUUUCCUCUUAUUUGGUGGAGAUUUGCUAUUAAAACCUAUAAGAAUCAUCCUGCGCUACUGGGAUUGGCUGAUUGCUUACAAUGUGUUUGUCAUAACAAUGAAAAAUAUAUUAUCAAUAGGAGCAUGUGGCUACAUUGAAUAUUUAAUCAAAGACAAUUGCUGGUUAAUUCAGGCAUUCAGUCUUUCUUGUACAGUGAAAGGUUAUUUUAUGCCCCAAAACACACCCGAAUGUCAGUUGCCAAGUGGAGAGGCUGGAAUCAUUUGGGACAGCAUAUGUUUUGCUUUCCUUUUAUUGCAAAGAAGAGUGUUUAUGAGCUAUUACUUCUUACAUGUUGUUGCAGACAUCAAAUCAUCACAGAUUCUAGCAUCAAGAGGUGCUGAACUGUUCCAAGCAACAAUUGUAAAAGCUGUAAAAGCAAGACUUGAAGAAGAAAAUAAAUCUAUGGACCAGCUCAAGAGACAGAUGGAUCACAUUAAAGCCAGGCAAGAAAAAUAUAAAAAAGGUAAAGAAAAAAUGCUGAGUGUUACACAGGAUGGAGAAGGACAAGAAAUACAAAAACCAGAUGAUGAUGACGAUGAAGGAGACAAAGCAGACAAAGAGAAAGCCAAGGGCAAAAAAAAGCAGUGGUGGCGACCUUGGGUUGAUCAUGCUUCCAUGGUGAAAAGCGGUGAUUAUUAUUUGUUUGAGACGGACAGUGAAGAGGAAGAUGAUGAUGACAAAAAAGAAGAAGAGCCUAGAAAGAAAUCUGCCUUCCAGAGAGCUAUUGGGAAGUUUGCAUCAGCCCUUAUAGCCUUGCCAAAGUCUGUCAUUAAACUGCCUAAAACAAUUCUUCAAUAUUUAAUCAGAGCUGCAAAGUUUAUGUACCAUGCAUGGAUUACUGAUCCAAAAACAGCCCUUAGACAAAGAAGCAAAGAGAACAAAGAAGAAAAGGAGAGGGAAAUGAGGAGAAAGGGCAUUGCUGAAGGUGAUAUUAUUGUUGAAUGUGAGGAUAAAGAAGAAGAAAAAGAGCAUGGAAAAAAGAAAUCAGAUGGCCCAGACAAUAUCUUCAGAAGAAUAUUUAACAUCCUGAAGUUUACAUGGGUCCUCUUCCUUGCUACAAUCGAUAGUUUUACAGCUUGGCUUAACUCCAUUUCAAGAGAACAUAUUGAUAUCUCCACAGUUCUGAGCAUAGAACGCUGCAUGCUGACUAGAGAGAUAAAAAAGGGCAAUGUGCCUACUCGAGAGGGCAUCCACAUGUAUUACCAAAAUCAAAUAAUGAUGAGCCUUUCUAGAGAGUCAGGACUUGACGAAAUUGAUGAUGGUUCAGCAUCCAGUCACCAAAGCCACGACAAGAUGGCAAGUAAACGGAUGGACAGUGCAGACUCUGCUGCAUCUCAUGAUAGCAUAUCCAGCUGCUGCACUGAAGCAACCAUGCUAUUCUCAAGGCAAUCUACACUUGAUGAUUUAGAUGGACCAGACUCUGUACCAAAAACAAGUGAGCGUGCUCGACCUAGGCUUCGUAAAAUGCACAGCAUGGACAUGUCUUCUUCAUCUGCUGACAGUGUAGCUUCAAGUGAGCCAACUCAGUGCACCAUGGUCUACUCACGGCAGGGCACAACAGAAACUAUUGAGGAAGUGGAAGAUGAAGAGGAGGAAGAAAGCAAAAGUCCUUUAUCAAAGAUAGAAGCUGAGGAAGAUGAAUACGACAUGGACUUGGAAGGGACAAGCUAUACUCCAGACACAGAAUUUCCCCUAUACUCAACCGCAGACGGUGAUCUUCCACCUUCUUACAGUAAAGCAGUCAGCUUUGAACAACUCUCAUUUGCAUCUCAGGAUGAUUCGGUUGACAAUAAUUUAAUGGUUCUCAGCCCAGAUGAAAGUCGUACUGAUAAGCUACAUGAUGAUAUACUGCCACCUCUUACGCAUGAACUGACUGCUAGUGAGCUUCUUCUAAGCAGGAUGUUUUAUGACGAAGAAUUAGAAGACUCACAAAAAUUUUAUGGAUGUCAGCCACGUCCGCUGCAGCUUAUUUAUGCCUUGUAUAACACAUUGGUGGCCAGAUCAGAAAUGGUGUGCUUUUUUGUCAUUAUUCUUAAUCACAUGAUUUCAGCUUCUAUGAUAACAUUGGUACUGCCCAUUCUUAUAUUCCUGUGGGCUAUGUUAUCAGUCCCAAGGCCCAGUAAGAGAUUUUGGAUGACAGCUAUUGUAUAUACAGAGGUGACAAUUGUGAUCAAAUAUUUUUUCCAAUUUGGAUUCUUCCCAUGGAAUAAAAAUGUGGAUUAUACAAAGGACAAACCUUACUUCCCGCCUAAUAUAAUGGGCAUUGAGAAAAAAGAAGGUUAUGUGCAUUACGACCUGGUGCAGCUGCUUGCUUUGUUUUUCCAUAGAUCUAUUUUAAAGUGCCAUGGUCUAUGGGAUGAAGAUGAUGUCAUUGAAAAAACCACAAAUAAAGAAGACACGGAUGGUGAGAUAUCAGAGGCAUCAGGAAGAAGGGAUUCUCUUGGCUCAUUAAAAUCUGUCAACCUUGCUGCCUCUGUCGAGUCAGUCCAUGUGCACUUCCCCGAGGAAAAGACCGCUAUCAGGAGAAAAAGCAUAAGCAGCGGAUCCCAAAUCUCACGGAGGUCAAGUUAUUCUUCUCAUAGAUCUAAAAGAGGGAGCACCAGUACUCGGAACAGCAGUCAAAAAGGGAGCAGCAUUCCCAGUAUUAAGCUGAAAUCUAGAAAGGAACUUCUACUGGAAAAACUCAGAGAACAACUCAUUAAAGCAAAAGCAUUUACCAUAAAGCUGAUACUUCAAAUCUAUGUGCCGAUCAGACAGUUCUUUUAUAAUCUCAUUCAUCCGGACUACAGUGCUGUGACUGAUGUCUAUGUGCUCAUGUUCCUGGCAGACACUGUAGACUUCAUCAUUAUUGUUUUUGGCUUUUGGGCUUUUGGAAAACACUCGGCUGCAGCAGAUAUUACUUCCUCUCUAUCAGAAGACCAAGUGCCAGAAGCUUUUUUGGUGAUGGUGCUUAUCCAGUUUGGAACCAUGAUUGUUGAUCGAGCUUUGUAUCUUCGCAAAACAGUCGUGGGAAAAGUUAUUUUCCAAGUUAUCCUUGUAUUUGGAAUACAUUUUUGGAUGUUCUUCAUCUUGCCAGGGGUAACAGAAAGGAAAUUCAGUCAAAACACUGUUGCCCAGCUGUGGUAUUUUGUCAAGUGCAUUUAUUUUGGAUUGUCAGCAUAUCAGAUACGUUGUGGAUAUCCAACUCGGGUGCUUGGAAACUUCCUUACUAAGAGCUACAAUUAUGUCAACUUGUUCCUUUUCCAAGGCUUUCGCCUUGUUCCAUUCUUAACGGAACUGCGAGCUGUUAUGGACUGGGUAUGGACUGACACCACUCUCAGUCUCUCCAGCUGGAUCUGUGUAGAGGACAUUUAUGCACAUAUAUUUAUCCUAAAAUGCUGGCGGGAAUCAGAAAAGAGAUAUCCCCAGCCACGAGGCCAAAAGAAGAAAAAGGUUGUGAAAUACGGGAUGGGUGGAAUGAUAAUAGUUCUGCUGAUUUGCAUCGUGUGGUUUCCUUUGCUCUUCAUGUCCUUAAUUAAAUCAGUUGCUGGUGUUACAAACAAGCCCCUCGAUGUGUCCAUUCAAAUAACUCUUGGAGGUUAUCAGCCUAUUUUUACCAUGAGUGCUCAACAAAACCAGCUGAAAGACAUGAAUUACACAGGAUUUAAAAUUUUACAUAAUAUAUAUAAAGGCAAUACACCUGCAAUGCAGUUUCUGGAAUCGUAUAUGCGGGAAGACAUCACCAUAGCAGAACUGGAAGGCAAUUCCAACUCCCUAUGGACCAUCAGCCCUCCAAGCAGAACGAUGAUGAUAAAAGAACUUCUUCAGAUGGAGCACGACUUCACAGCUGUCAUUACUUGGGCCAUUAGAAGAAAUCUGACUCUUGGAGCUAAAGCAGAGGUGACAGGUGAAAAACAUACAGUAUCACUGGCAAAUGACACACGGAAGAAACUUGCAGAUAUGAUGAAUAAUUCAACUGACAUUGAGGCAGUGGAACUGAUAAAGAUAUACCCAAAGUGUUUAAAAGCACCCAGUGAUGUUACUGCAAAACCCAUCCUUCAGCUUCUUGAUAAUCAAGAGUUUGUGAAUAUAUCUGUUUCACUAAGAAAAGAGAACUCAUCAGAAGGGGUUCGAGAAUGGUGGGUUGUAAAUCAAAACCAUAAAAAGUUCCGUCAAAAGGAUAGAAUAAUGGAUUAUGGCCUGGAAUUAUGGGUUUUCAGUGACAAAGUCAGCCCUCCAAGUCUCGGAUUCUUGGCAGGUUACGGAAUAAUGGGACUGUAUGCCUCUGUAGUACUCGUGAUAGGAAAGUUUGUGCGGGAGUUUUUCAGCGGAAUAUCCCACUCCAUCAUGUUCGAGGAGCUUCCCAAUGUUGACCGUAUCCUGAAGCUGUGUACAGACAUUUUCCUUGUCAGAGAGACUGGAGAGUUGGAACUGGAGGAAGACCUGUAUGCCAAAUUAAUAUUUUUGUACCGCUCUCCAGAAACUAUGAUCAAAUGGACACGGGAAAAAGAUAAAUGAUAUCCAAAGAAUUCAGCUGACUUCACCUGAAUGUUUGAAAAGCACAAUAGUCUCCAAGGUCUUCUGAGAGCCCAGAACCUUACAAUGAAGUAGAUAUUUUAUCUCCUAUUGGAGCCCCCCAAUAAGGGAAUACUGGGGGCUUCAUGUUGCCUCUUGAACUAAAGAAUGAAAUGGCAAAAAGGCAGGAGCCUAAAACUGUAAAGUUUCUCUAAAAAAAAAGAUGACAAAUCCAACCAGAAGCAACCUGCCGUUACCAAUUGUCCUGAGAGGGAAAACUGAACUUGAAUAGACUGCGCAUUUGCUUCUUUGGAAAUGACACGACUUGGAAUGUGCAAUACACUGCUUCACAGGGUCCGGAAUCCAUUGUCGCAAACACCAUGAGAAGUUUUCUUCAUGAUGAGACUUGUUGCAACAAGUGACUGCAGCUAAUGUAUGCAUUGCUGCCUCAGUGGCCACACAAACAUAGAAAUACACAAAAGACGACAAUCUUGUUAACUGCCUUAUUUUGUUUUUGUACAGGCCAAAAAGUUCCUUCAAUCACGAUUAACUUUUUUCUCAGGAAAAUCAAUUCAUCAUAAAGCAUUCAGCGAGAGAAGGAAAAAAAAAAAAAAGGGAACACUUGAGGCCAUUUCCAUGACUAUAGCUUUAAACUGGAUACCUGAUUGUUACUGAGCAGGUUCAAAUGCAUGUCCUCGUAUGUCUCUUUCCUGCAUUUCUAGGAAUUUGGCAUUUUGCUUCCUGUUUUUUUAACUGUACAAAAUAAUGUUUACAAGACACAUCCUUAACAUUUUUACUACACUAAAAGCGCUUUCUAGGUUCCUAGUUAGUGAACAUCAUUUAUCACCUCUCAGAGAACCAGAGCCUUUAUUAAUUUAUUACGGUUAGAGGUGAUUUAGGCUGUUCAUGAAAUAAAACACACAUUGUAGCAUGACAUUUAGGAUUGCAAUGCUCAAAACAAAAUGCCAAAUUGCAGAGAGAAUGAUAGAAGGGCUUAGGGAAUGCUUGAAGGACUUACUGUUUUAAUUCUAAACCAGUAAUGGCUGACAAUAAAGAAUUUUGUUAGUAGUUCUCCUAUGCCUUUCCUCCUUGCAUCAUGUAUAUAGAGCAAAACCAAAUGCCUAUUUUUCCUUUGCAACCUUUACCAAAGAAAAUAAUGCACAGCCAACUAAUAUUUCACCUUUACAUUCCUACUUUUUAAAGCAAGGGCUACUUAAAACCAUCCAUUUUGUUUGCAGACUGUGUCAUAGAGACACAGAAAAGGGGAAUCUGUCUGUUCCAAAUCCCAUUCCAAAGAAAAACACUGUACUGUACUGUACGAGCAUUUGAUGAAUGAAGCAAUUUCAUUAGUGCACACGUAUAAGACCCAGAAUACUUAGGAAAAUGUUAUUUUGCACUGAAACCGAUGAAUCUUACCUGAAGCCUACUAUCUUCAGUGGGAAUUAUCCCUAUGUUGCUAAUUGAGGAAUAUAUUGCCAAUGUCUUUAACCACUAAAUUUUAGCCAUGCCGGUUACAAGGUUGUAAUCCUCUGCUGCUUUCCUAAAAAAAAUCUCCUAGUGUUUUUUUCUGUACUUGAAAAUGACAUUAAAACCUGUUUCCGAACUCCUAAUUGCAUGAUACACAGCAGGUGUUAUGGGUCCGAUAAUUGCUGUAAGGUUUUAUUGACAAUGGAUGAAGUUUGUAGCAUAAACUCUACAUAACAUGAGACAUUUACAAUGGCUGCUUUUUUUCUUACAACAAGACCAUUUUAAAAUAAAUUUUUUUUCACAA